AUGGAACCCAAACCUGAAGGAAGCGAAUAUGAAGACUUGUUGCCAGUAAUGGCAGAGAAGCUAGAUGUGGACACCUUUGUGGAUGAACUUUGUGGAGGAUUUCGGCUUUUGGCAGACCCCAAAAACGGGUUGAUUACGUCGUCGAGUCUGCUGAAGAAUUCAGCAGUGUUGGGUUUGGAAGAGAUGAGUCGAGAAGAUGCGGAGGCGAUGGUGAAAGAAGGAGACCUUGAUGGAGAUGGAGCACUCAAUCAAACUGAAUUUUGCAUUCUCAUGGUGAGACUUAGCCCGGAGAUGAUGCAAGAUGCAGAAAUAUGGCUUCAAAAGGCAAUUCAAGGGGAGUUGCAGAAAUACUCUACUCUUAAUCGUGCAGGUGCAGCAUAA